AUGAUUUCCCCCGUCAUCGUCGAGGACUACAAUCCCGCCUGGCCGUCCGACUUCGAAGCGAUCAGGGCGCAACUCCGGCCCAUUAUCAGUGAGUCCGCUCUAGCAAUCGAGCAUGUCGGAUCAACGUCCGUACCAGGGCUGGCAGCGAAGCCAGUCAUCGAUAUAGACAUAGUAGUCAAGUCCCCCGAGGAUUCCCGCCAUGUAAUCAUGAAGCUUCAAAGCUUUGGAUACAAACAUCUCGGCAACAAGGGGAUUGUCGGGCGAGAAGCUUUUCUUGCUCCAGCAGGUGCAAGAAGGCAGAAUCUGUAUGUCUGUUUGGAGGGGUGUGUGGCGUUGAGAAAUCAUUUGUUGCUGAGAGAUCAUCUACGGAAAGACGGGCAAGCUAGGGAAGAGUAUGGAGGGUUGAAGAAGCAGCUUGCGGCGCGGCAUCCAGAUGAUGUGGAUCGGUACUGUGAGGCUAAGACGAGCUUCAUCAUGGGGAUAUUGAAGCAGCACGGAUUGGGUGACGAGGAGCUUAGGGGUAUAGAGGAGGCAAACAAGGUAGUUGGAGGUCCGAUUGGUGAAAUGUCCUGCGCAUUUGAUGUCAAAAGUAUAGCGAUUAUAGGCGCCGGUCCUUCUGGCCUUGCCGCCGCGAAAUUCCUCCUGGCUGAGAAGGCUUUUCAAAAGAUUGAAGUGUUCGAACAGCGGAGUACAGUUGGCGGCGUCUGGAACUAUACGCCUGAAGACCAGACCGAUGUGGCAUUUACCGUGCCUUCAACUGAUCCGCACGUGCCUGUUGAUGAGCCAAUCUGGCAUGAAUAUGCAGCUCAAGGGGAUCUGAGCAGCGGCUCCAGUACUCCCAACGGAAGCAGAACUACCACAGAUAGCAGCUCUUCCAGCCCACCGAAUGGAGUUCACGACCAGAAGCGCUCCAAAGAAGCUCACUUCAUCUCGCCAAUGUACGAGCGCCUUGAAACCAACAUCCCAAAGCCCCUGAUGCGCUUCUCCGAUACGCCCUUCCCCGAGCAUCUCCAACUGUUCCCCAAGCACCAAGACGUCGAAGACUACCUCGUCCAGUACUCGCGAGACGUACAGCACCUCAUCCACUUCCAAACUCAAGUCGUCUCCGUCCGCCCCGCCCUAGUAGGGAAAUGGCACAUCACGACCUCCGAUCUCCUCAGCGGCCAGCAGACCACCACCCUCUACGACGCGGUCAUCGUCGCUUCCGGCCACUUCGCUGUUCCCUACGUCCCCGCCAUCCCAGGGCUCGAGGACUGGAACGCCGCCUACCCCGGCGCAAUCUCGCAUUCCAAGUUCUACCAACGCCCCGAGAACUUCCGCAACCAAAAAGUCGUUGUCGUCGGUAACGGCGCAUCCGGGCUUGACAUCGGAUCCCAGAUCGCGCAAUACUGCCGGCAGCCGCUACUUGUGAGCCAGAAGAGCGAGAGCUAUAUGUCUCCAGGCAAGUCGGCCGCCAAGCUCGAGCUGCCGCCGAUACGGCGUUUUAGCACUCAGGACCGCGCUGUCGAGUUCGAGGAUGGGAAGGUCGAAAGAGACAUCGACGCCGUGGUCUUCUGCACGGGCUACUUGUACAGCCUUCCCUUCCUCGAGAGCCUGGAACCACCGCUCAUCACUGACGGUGAGAGAGUCGAGCAAGUGUACCAGCACCUCUUCUACAUCCCGCGGCCGACGCUCAGCCUGCUUGCGUUGCCGCAGCGUAUCAUACCGUUCCCGGUUGCGGAGAUCCAGGCAGCGGUCGUGGCCAGGGUGUACGCGAAUAGAAUCGCGCUGCCUAGCGUAGAAGAGAUGAGGGACUGGGAGAGGAGGACCAUUAAGGAGAAUGGAGAGGGGCCGGCGUUCCACAUGCUGAAUUUUCCGAAGGACGCGAGAUAUAUUAAUGAGCUGUAUGAUUGGGCGGCGGAGGCGCUUCUGGAAGAGGGGCUAGAGAAUGACGGGAGGGGGAAGAUGGGGAAGAGAUGGGGAGAGUGGGAGUUUUGGGCUAGGGAGAGAUUUCCUGCUAUCAGGAGGGCAUUUGUGGAGAGGGGUGAAGAGAGGGCGAAGGUGACGAGGCUGGAGGAGAUUGGGUUUGAUUUUGAGAAGUGGAAGGAGGAGGAGAGGUGUAAUAGGCUAGAGGAGAAGCGAAUUUAA